AUGCGCUGUGAGGAAUGCUGCUGCUGCCUCAGAAAACUGUUUGUGGGUGGCUUGGACUGGAGUACCACACAAGAAACUCUUCGUAGCUACUUCUCCCAGUAUGGAGAAGUUGUAGACUGUGUAAUAAUGAAAGACAAAACAACAAACCAGUCUCGAGGAUUUGGAUUUGUCAAAUUUAAAGAUCCCAACUGUGUGGGAACAGUACUGGCCAGUAGACCUCAUACGUUAGAUGGCCGAAAUAUUGAUCCAAAGCCAUGUACACCUAGGGGGAUGCAACCAGAAAGGACACGACCGAAGGAAGGAUGGCAGAAAGGAUCCAGGAGUGAUAACAAUAAAUCAAAUAAAAUUUUUGUUGGUGGGAUUCCUCAUAACUGUGGCGAGACAGAGCUCAGGGAAUACUUCAAGAAAUUCGGAGUGGUCACUGAAGUUGUAAUGAUCUAUGACGCAGAGAAACAGAGGCCCCGAGGUUUUGGAUUUAUUACUUUCGAGGACGAACAAUCAGUGGACCAGGCUGUCAACAUGCAUUUUCACGACAUCAUGGGCAAAAAAGUGGAGGUGAAACGCGCAGAACCUCGUGACAGCAAAAGCCAAACUCCCGGGCCCGCCGGUGCCAGUCAGUGGGGAAGCAGGAUCAUGCCAAGUGCUGCCAACGGCUGGGCAGGUCAGCCCCCUCCGACCUGGCAGCAAGGAUACGGCCCUCAAGGGAUGUGGGUGCCAGCUGGACAGGCAAUUGGUGGAUACGGACCACCUCCUCCAGGGAGAGGAGCUCCUCCACCACCACCACCGUUUACCUCAUACAUAGUCUCUACACCUCCUGGAGGAUUCCCACCUCCGCAAGGAUUUCCACAGGGCUAUGGCACCCCUCCACCUUUUAGUUUUGGUUACGGGGCUCCACCUCCUCCACCUGACCAGGUUGCCCCACCUGGAGUACCCCCUCCACCUGCCACUCCAGGGGCAACACCACUAGCUUUUCCACCACCUCCACCACCAUCUCAGGCAACUCAGGACAUGAGCAAACCCCCAACUGCUCAGCCAGAAUUCCCGUACAGUCAGUUUGGGCUGGGUACCUAUUCUCAAGACCCUUCAGGCUACGCGCCAUACUUUGUUUACACUCUUAUGGUCAGGCUGAGCUGUGAGAAACCUAGGGUAUGGACAAGACUUGAGUGGUUUCGGACAAGGUUUCUCUGACCCCAGCCAGCAGCCCCCUCCCUACGGAGGCCCCUCGGUGCAACCAUCCAGUGGCCCACCGGCAGGAGGAAGUGGCUUUGGACGAGGACAGAACCAUAACGUGCAAGGAUUUCACCCCUACAGGCGCUAGCGUGGGCUGGCAAUCAGGGAAUUCUGUCCGCCCGGGGACGGCUGGUGCCCGCGAACCCAGGAAUCCCAGCCCGUCGUAACUUGUGACAAGCUCAUCCUGGAGGGAAGAAAAACCUAACAACUUUUUUUUUUGGGGGGGUGGGGUGGGGGAAGAUGGCUUCUGAAGGCAAAGCUGUGGGUGUUUGGACUGCAGUUUUUAAAUACUUUCCUUUCUCUAACCCAUCAGCACAAAUAAAGAAAAUGUCACUGGUUCAAACUACAGGGUUUUAAAAAUGUCUUCAGCUUUAAUUCAAAACUUCAGGUUUCUUUUUUUUGAAAUUAUUUUUCCUGAGCCUUUGUUUUACCGUAUAUUGUAAACUUUUAUGUUUAAAAGAAAAAAUAUAUACAUUUACAGAUUGUGAAAUUUUUAAGAGAAAUUUUCUACUAUGUAUGCUGGCUUAUUUUUUAAUUUAAAACAGGGUUUCCGUUAGCACUGUUGGAAGUGAGGGUAAGCUGCAACCCCCUUACUCCUGACAUCAGUGGUGGGGCGGAUGGUUCAGAAACUCUGGGAGUUAAAAGAAAUCUACUGAGUGUAUUUUGCUUUUGUUACCCGAUGGUGUAGGGCUGGUAACAAGGCAGGUGCAGACUUGUCGACGCACAGAGUCACUUACGGAGCGCAGCGUUAGAUCUGUGCUUCCAGCGCUUUCAAAUCCUCUGUGGAUUUCAGUAGGGGUUAACGGAGGCCUUGUUAAGAUGUAGAUUUCCCUCAGGCAAAAGGUUUAGGUGCAUUUUGCACUAACCAGUGAUUACCCCUGGUUUGAAUAAAGAAAAGUACAUUUGGAUUAGAA